ACUGGGGACAGCGACAAUAUAGCGCAAGCGUCAUACUUUCUGUACUCCUCGUUGUCAACAACAGGGCAAUGGAUGUCCAGCCUGAGAUGCUCAGUCGUGAAACUGUCUUGAUUCGUGCGACCGCCAUCGUCACCUCGGAGGUCGAGGCCGGAGCCGAGGCCGGAGCCGCGGCCGCCAUGAACCGGACCCUGACCUUUGCACUCUGCACCGGCUUCCUCAUCCUUGUAGCCUCGUUGGUGUCGGUGUUCGUCUGGUACGGCGUGAUCGCCGAUCCGGGAGAGAUUCUGCGAAAAGCAGCAGUUCGAGCAGCCGGAGGCAGCGCAGCUGCGGCCAUGCCUGCCGCCAACGGCUUGACGACAGCGCACGCGCCGGAGGUGGUCCAGUACGUGGGCAUUCCUCAGACAUUCCUUCCCGGCGACUUGAACCGCGGUAGCCAGGCGUCCGUCUUGCCAACUGCGAAUUUGUCGUUUGCCACAAGUGUUGGCAGCCUCACCGAACUCGCUCUGCAGGAGAACGGUACCGACAACACGGCGCUCCCUGCGCCGCUCUGAUGGAGGCGCGAAUGCUGUUACUUUGACCAUGCCGAUGAAUUUUGUGAAUACAUACUUUAGUCAAUGACUUCAGCAUAACGCUUGCACUAUUCGAAAGAUUCUGGAUAUUGUGAAGGGAACAACGCCGCUGAUUUACAGACACUUCGACUGGCACACUCUCUGAUUACGCUUUAUGAACAAUUUCUGCUAAAAAUGUUCUCGUCUGUAGCAGUAGGGAAUUAGCAUUACACCACUAGGACAUAAAGCAUGACUCGCUCAACAGAGUAAUGGUAUCUACAGAAAAGAACAGGACCGCUUGUCAGAGUCCUCGCUUGCUCAUGUGUGUCAUCGAGAUAAUUUGAGCGUUAGAACGUGAACAUUUUUAGUGCAAACAUCUAGAAAAAGUGUAAGUUUCGGAGCAUAAAUCAUUUUGUGGAACCUCAAGCACUGAUGGGUCCGAACUUAGCGGUAACAAAG